AGAGAAUGUGAAGCAUUUCUCAUUUCUUUUUCCUUUAUUUUUCGUCUUCUUCUUCGUCUUCGUUGAUUUUUUCUUUCUAAAUUCUAAAUUCCCAGCAUUUCACUUCACUGCUACAAACAGGAGAGAGAGAGAGAGAGAGAGGGAGACCCAGUUGUGUUUUUUUUUUAGUUCUAGCUGUUUACCUAAUGUGCGGCUGAGGUGGCCGUUGGGUUUUGUUUUUUUUUUUUUUGGUUGAUCUAUAAAAAGAUCACAUGGCGAGUGUGUAUUCUGACGACGAUGGCUCCGAUCAGCAGAGCGAGCGUUGCGGAAGCUACAGUUUGAGUGCUGACGUCAGCGAGUCAGAGAGUUGCAGUAGCUUCUCGUGUCGGCGUUUCGAUGGAGAAGGUUGUUCGAGUUCGAUGACGUCAUCUCCGAGGUUAAUGGCGGCCGGAGGAGGGUUCGGUUUUCAGUUGCCGGUGAUCGGAGGGAAGGAUGUCGUGAUUUGGGAUGACGAGAAGACUGAGAAACGCGACGCCGAUUUGUCCGGAAUUGAGAUGAUGAAGGAGAGAUUUGCAAAGCUUCUUUUAGGAGAAGACAUGUCUGGAGGUGGAAAAGGAGUGUGUACCGCACUUGCCAUUUCGAAUGCAAUCACAAAUCUCUCUGCUACAGUCUUUGGUGAAUUGUGGAGAUUAGAACCAUUAGCACCACAGAAGAAAGAAAUGUGGAAGAGGGAAAUGGAAUGGCUCUUGUGUGUGAGUGAUUCGAUUGUUGAGCUUGUACCAUCCAUACAAGAAUUCCCUGGAGGAGGCACUUAUGAAGUCAUGGUGACAAGGCCACGGUUGGAUUUGUAUAUGAACCUUCCGGCCCUUAAGAAGCUUGAUGCAAUUUUGAUUACCAUGCUUGAUGGUUUUAGUGAGACAGAGUUUUGGUAUGUUGAUCGGGGUAUAGUUGUGGGUGAUGGUGGUGAUUGUGGUGCUUAUUCAUCGUCUGUUUCUGGAGGGAGACCCUCAAUUAGGCAGGAAGAGAAGUGGUGGUUGCCGUGUCCGAAAGUUCCACCGAAUGGUUUGUCUGAAGAUGCAAGGAAGAAGCUGCAACAAUGUAGGGAUAGCACAAACCAAGUACUAAAGGCUGCCAUGGCGAUCAAUAACAGCGUGCUCGCUGAGAUGGAGAUUCCUACUGCUUACUUGGAGACAUUACCAAAGAAUGGAAAAGAUUGUUUGGGUGAUAUCAUUUACCGCUACAUUACAGCCGAUCAGUUCUCGCCAGAAUGUCUCCUUGAUUGCCUUGAUCUGUCAACAGAACAUCAAACUCUGGAAAUAGCUAAUAGGAUUGAGGCAGCAGUACAUGUUUGGAAGCAGAAAGAUCAGAGGAAACACACGAAUCACACCAAAGGGAAGCGCUCGUCAUGGGGAGGAAAGGUCAAGGGCCUUGUGUCCGACAGUGAGAAGAACAAUUUUUUAUCACAAAGAGCCGAGACCCUUUUACAUAGCUUGAGGGCUCGAUUCCCCGGCCUUCCACAAACAGCAUUGGAUAUGAACAAAAUUCAAUACAAUAAGGAUGUUGGGCAGUCAAUUCUUGAAAGCUACUCGAGGGUGAUGGAGAGUUUGGCUUUCAACAUUAUGGCAAGGAUAGAUGAUGUUCUUUAUGUUGAUGAUGCUAUCAAGCAACGUGCUGCGGCAGAAACAGUUUCUCUUUUCAGCAGGAGCGGUUUCAGUGGUCGUCCGAUCCAAAGGCGAUUGUCUCCUAGUCCCUUCUCAAUUCAACACACUCCUUAUGCCUCUCCUUUCGCAACACCGACCUUUUGUUCGCCAACCCCACUCACCGGAAGUCCACGACGAGCAGCUUCCUCUUUGAAGAGAAAUGAUAUUAAGGAAGAACCUGACCGGAAAUUUGAAAAACCAUUCGCGAGUGAAUUUGAGAAGGUGUGGUCGUAUACAGGUAGCCUGAGCGCGAGAAGGGUUUCAGAAAAUGCGCCGGAGAGAGACUGAAAUCAAAGAUUCAUGAUCCCAUGUAAGAUAAAGUUCUAUAAAUAGAAGUAACUCAGUUUAGUUGGGUGUCUGACUGGUUAAGAAAUAUUGGUAUAUCUAGUAUUUGUAUAUUUCUUUGCAUUAGGAAGAGUAGUCCUAUUUUUCGAGUGGAGUCUAAGCUAGUAUCGAUCGGUUUGACACGUCUUUCUGUCCCGAACCUAAAAAUUUGAUUCAAUCAACUCAAGUUCUAAUUCGAUCUAA